GCUUUGUUGUGUGACAUUGGGGGAAGGCUGACUGCUUGGACUUGAUAUGUGUGAUUUGAUAACGGUUUACCUUGUCGUGUGGUUGGUCAUGUGGAGCAGAGGGGCGGGUUUAUGUCGCGUACUUAAACCCGAUAUCUCAUACCAUCGGAAAUAAAUUGUAUUGUUUUCCGAAGGCUCGUCACUGUCUAGAUGGGUCAUCGAAGGCUGGGUAGCAAAAAAGCUUGUUGUUGCUGGUUUGGUGGUUGUGCGGCUCUGCUAAUCAGCAAAUUCCCGUCAUACUCGGCCGAUCCCACGGACGGAGGCCUAUUGCUCUUUCUGCAUUGUUGAUUAACCGCUACCAUAUGAUAACUUAUGGAAAGAACGGAUACACGGCAAUAAAUCACUUUUCUGCAAAGAAAAAAGACCGUUGUGGCGCAGCCAGAUGUUGUUGGCAGUCAAGUUUCGUGGUAAAAUGGCACCCUAAUGCUUCAAUGUAAGGAUCUUGUGCUUUGCGUUUGCUCACCCACCCAACUUGGGGACUUUUCGUCACUUGGGCGGUUCGGCCGUCUGUGGUUAGCAGUAUCAGCGAGCAUGGGAGGUGCUUGCCCAAAACUGAAUAUGGUUCACUAACCUGUUGGGAACGUGUGUCCUUGGUAUGGUGUGAGUGGGGACCACGAACGAUGGAUACGGAUUUGGAGGUGAUGAUGGGAGGGAUUCGUUCCUGGCAUGAUGAUUUCUGUGGUUUAAUUCAUGGGGGGAAGGAGCGGAAUACGGAAUACGGGGUUUGGGGGGGUGGGUGAGGUAGAUACCUUACCUAUGGUAUAAGAACUCGUGUCGUUGCUUCCCCCCUGUCGAUCUGUUGACGACGCCUUCUUUCUCGUGUUUUUUUCUCUGUGUGGGGAGUUUCAACAUCAGGCGAAGAAGUGAAUUGCAUCAUCAAACUUCGACAGGUGUUUGUCUUUCUUUUGGACAGAAUACCAACACACAAGACUCCACUUUUGGGUGGUUGGGAGUCAUAACCGGUCUCUUUUGGUUUCGAUUGUUUGAUGCACUUCGGAGGUACUGAGGAAGACUUGAGAAGAUGUCAUACGGCGAGAAGGAACCCUCCCUCUGGAGCCCGAGGACGUGGACGAGAAGGGCGUGGCUGAUCUGUGCGACGGUGAUUAUCAUCAUUGUCAUUGUUGUGGUGGCAACUGUGGUGGGAGUGAAUGCGACGAGGAAUAACAACAACAAUGGGAGCGACGAGUUGCCGUUCAUUGAUGCGCAUCCGAAUUAUACCAAGUUGGACUACCAGUUGGUAGAGACAUACCUGCCAUCAAACUUUUUUGAAAAGUUCACCUAUUUCAACAAUUACGAUCCUUCCCAUGGUUUCGUACACUACGUCUCGCCUGGGGAUGCCGAUCUCUACAACCUCACCACCGCCAACCAAGACACCAUCAACAUUCGGGUCGACACUUCUCGUGACAAUGCCACCACUGGGAGACACUCCGUCCGUCUGGAAUCCAACCGCCAGUACGAAUCUGGUCUUUUCAUCUUUGACGUCAAGCACACCCCCGUGGGAUGCGGUACCUGGCCUGCCCUUUGGCUCACCGAUCCUUCGCCUGGCGCCUGGCCGGCCAACGGAGAGAUUGACAUCAUGGAGUCGGUAAACCAGGGCACAGACGGCAAUCUUCUUGCGCUUCACACCACAGAAGGCUGCAACGUGAAGCGCGUCCGCAGGGAACUGACCGGCACCAUCGGGGCAGAGGACUGCUGGAAUGAAACCAACCACAACGAAGGUUGCACAGUCAAAGGCCCCAAGAACACAUUUGGGCCCGAGUUCAAUGCCGCCGGAGGAGGUGUGGUAGCGUUGGAAUGGAGACAGGAGGGGAUCAGGAGUUGGAUCUGGCCCAGAAGUGACAUCCCCACUGACAUCAACCUCGACGUUGCUGCUCUUGGACAAGGCAGUCGGGGCGUGACAGCAAAGCCGGACCCCAGCAGCUGGGGACUGCCUUUGGCGGACUUUCCCAACACGAGGUGCGACAUGGAGCAGCACUUUAGGAACCAGAGCUUGAUUGUCAAUAUCAAUAUCUGCGGUGACUUCAUCACGGAGGAUAUCUGGAACGCGAGCGGCUGCGCUCGUGAUGGUAUGACCUGCACGGAUUUCACCGCCCACAACCCGCAGGCUUUUGCGGAUGCAUUCUGGGAGUUUGGAUCGUGGCAGGUGUGGGAGGCUAGGUAAUCUGGCGUCGAUUUGAAGGAGGAAAUGCGGGAGCAGGUUAGGGAGGAGUAAUGAUGGAAGCAAGGAAAUGAUAAUGUGAUACUCAUGAUGGUUCUGGUAUGCUCAGGGACGGGAAUUCGGUUAGGUUUAUUUACCUAGGAUAUUUUAGAUAUUUUUACGUGCCUUGGUGCGAGAUCAUUUUGGACGGAAUGAUAGAGGGCAAUGCCCCUGAAGACUGUCAUGGAUAAGGACCCCUUUUCUGCUGGUAACAAAGGCGUAGUCAUAAGUGCCGGUCAAUUCGUAGUCGACAUUCUCCACGC